AGGAGCAGCAGCACGGCGGUGGAAAGGUAGAAGGCCAACCCAAUGGUGACACAAUCCCAGCUGAGCAAGCCAAUCCUUCAGAUGACACUGGUGCUGGUGCUGGGAGUCGUCAGAAUGAUCAGAUAGUGCAGAAAAUAGAGGAAGUGCUCUCUGGAGCCCUUGAUACAGAGCUGCAGUGCAAAUCAGAUGUAGACAAAGGUACUGUGAAAAGUAGUUCUAAGUCUACAAAAAGAAGUUCUGCUGAUGGAGUUGGAGAUGAAAUUCCUAGGAAAAAAUCAAAAAAGAACAAGAAGCACAAAAGCAAGAAGAAGAAGAAAAAGAAGAAGAAAAGGAAGAAAGAGAAGAAGCAUAAAAAACAGGCAAAAGAGUCAAAACAGACUGCACGUCAUGGAGAACAUGCAGGCUUACAGCCUGCAACUCAGUUGAUGCCAGACAAUUCAGGCUCCAAACUGAGUAUACAGCAUGGAGGAGCUGGAGAUUCAAAUCUGGCUGCUCACGUGCAGCCAGAAGGACUCUCUUUAAAACCAAGUGAGGAGCCUGAUAGACAAGCUUUAGGACUUGCCUCUCAUGUGAGAGAAGAUUCUCAGCCACCUAAGGGAGAUCUUGGAAGUGAGAAGGGGAAUUUAUGUGCAGCAGAUCCUCAGUUUAAUUUAGCAAGCAACAUAUCUGAUAUCCAAGAACAUACUACUAUAACUGAAACUAAAAUUUGCACUAGACAAGAACAAACUAARGAGUCUCAUGAAAGUAUUUAUCCUGUACCUGUCAGUGGAAAAGAUGGACUUCAUGUUGAUACUGGAAUUGAUACAUUAUCUAACAUCCCAUCUGGAGCUGCCCAUAAAACUGAACUUCAGAAAGUUCCCGAAGUAACUUCAGAAGCAGUAGAAGCACUAAAAGCUUCGGAGGGUAUUCUGCAGACUAAAGGCACCACGGAAGCUUGURGUACAACUCUCGACUGUGAGCCCAUGGAAGUGUUGAAGUACCCAGAAGCAGCUCUAAAAUCCGUGAUGCAGAUGGGAGCAAAGGAGUUGGAAACARACUCAGAGUCCGUGUCUUUAGCAAAUGAUUUGACAACAAUUCCUAAACCUGUAGAUCAGGCAGAUACAAAAAYUGUGAAGUUUGCUCACACGUCUGUGACCAUGGAAGAAGUAAAAAUUCCAGAAGCAACUGAAGAAUCUGUGCUUACAGGAAAUGUGRAAAGCACAGAAAGAUCUUUGGAAGUAGGGAGCAUGACAGGAACUCUGGAGCCAGCCCUAAAGCCCCCAGCUGUAGCUGAUGACUUGAGAAUGGCACAGCACAGCCCUAUGGGGAGUGGGAAUGUCUUUCAAACAGCCCUGGAACCUGUGGCUGUGAUGGGGAGCAUGGAAGGCAAGGAAGCAGACCCAUGUGUGGCUUUGCAGCAUUCUUCUAAGAUACCUGUAGCAACGACUUUAACCCAGGUGGAAGUGAAAAGUGCCAAAAUACCCGUAGGACUAGGGUCUGUAGCAGAGGUUAAAGAUGUGGAACCARCCAGAGGCUCUGUACAGACAGAAACUGUGAAAGCUUUGGAAACAGUUGUGGAACCUGUGGGUAUGAGAGGAGCAAAAGAUGUCAAAGCAAUUCAAGAACGUAUGGAAGCUGAAGUUACCAAAGGUCUAGAAGGAACCUGUGCUUCUGCAACAGUAUUAAAUGCUUCAGAAGUGGCUUUCGAGCCUAAAAUGACAGAAACAAGAGCUUUAAAUACAACCCAGGCAUUUGCAGUUCCAGUAGAAGUAAAAGAUUUGAAUGUAGCUCAAGAAUCUCUACACAUUGGAGGUAUGAAAAAAAUGCAAGAGGCUAAUAAUUUGGAAACAAAUUUACAAGCUGCAACUGUGACAGAAUUAAAAGCAACAGUGAGCCAAGAGCGUCAGCAAACUGAAGCUUCAGGAGCAGCCCUAAAAUAUAUGGCUACAGAGGUGAAAGGCUUCAAAGCAACUUCAGAACYUUCAGCUUUAGGAAUGCAGAUGGCAGAGGGUUGUAAAGGUCCACAAGCAACUGUGGAAGUUGUGACAAUAGCAGGAAUAAAAGCUACAGAAACAAAUCAAGCUGCUUUGCAAWGGGAAAAUAAUGCUUCAAAAUUUCCAGAAACACCUCUAAAGCCUCCGACCAUAACAGAGGCAAAAUGUUUAGAGGGAACUUCAUUAUUGAGACAAGCAGAGGAGCCGAGACGAUCGAGAUCAGAGAGUGAGUCGAGUGUCAAAGGUUUGGGAGUAGCUCUAGAUCAUACUGCAGGAGUAGAAGUGGCCUCAGGUGCUGCUUCCCCAGCUGUGAAAAUUGGAGAUGAAAAACAUCUGGAGACAAGUUCCCUGAGAACAACCGUACUACCUGCAGGGGAGACAGAAGGGAAAGAUUCAGAAGCAAUGCUCGACAGAACCAGAGCAGGGGUGAAAACAUCUCCAUUGCAUCUGCAGAUGGAAGCUGCGAAAGAUUUAGAGUCUCUGCACAUGGCAAAGACAAAAGCUGUGGAAGCCGUGUUUCAGCCUGUGCCCCUUGUAGGGGCAGAGCGUCCAGGAGAAAAGGCAAGUUUGGAAGCCAAAACUGGCACCCAGGGUUUGGAAGCAAGCCCAGGACAUCCGUCCCUAACAAGUUCAGAAAGAACUCCUGAACCUGUGCUUGCACUGACAGAAGUGACACAUUUGAAAGCUGUAUCAGAGACAGAACCAAAACAUGUGAAAAGAGUUGUAGAACCUCUUUGUACAAGCAAAGCUGAGAGUUUGGUUGUUCCACAGUCUGACAUCAUGACAGACAGAGCGUUGAAGGUAACCUCACAAACUGAGCUAACAACUCCGAGAACAAUCUUAGAACCUGGGGUGCCYGGAGAAAUAAAACCUGAAGUUGCUCCCGGAGAUACGAACAAAGCUAAGGUGACGAACAAAGAAGCAGCACUGGAACCUGUGCAAACAGGGAUGGUGAAAACUUUGGAAAAUAAUUCAAAAUCUCUGCAUGUGGAGGAGUUGGGAACAACUGCAACUGUGAGUUGUUCAGAAGCAAUAGUAUCUUUACCCGGAGUGCAAGAAAAAAAUGUGGCAUCAGAAGUAGAGACAGAAGUGAGAAACUUGGGAGGAACUUCAGAAACUAAUAUUUCAACAGAUGCAGGAAAUCRGGGGCCUGCUGUAGAGUACGUAAUGACAACAAAGAGGACAGGUAUAAAAAAAGUUGAGUCUUCAUAUAUGGUGAGUUUCAAAGAUUUGGAAGAAAUUUCAGGAACUGAGAAAGCAGUGAAAGAUGCAGAGGCAGCAUCAGAAGCUAGAGAAAUUAGUUCUUUGGAAAGCAGGAAAGAAGCUGCAGUGCCAGAAAGGAAAGAUUCUGAGAGAAUUAUGGAAUCUGAGGAAUGCCUGCAUAGUCAAGAUUUGGAAACUUCUCAAAAAUCAGAAGAGGUAAAGGUGGUGAAUGUUUUAGAAGAUACUCCAGAAACAUUUACCGUAGCAAAACCGGAUUCAGAAGCUGUUUCAAAGUCCUUGCACGCUGAGAAGACAGAGCAUCCACAAGUAGUUCCAGAAGAGACUCCAGGAAUCUCGAGUCCUGCUGAAAUGACAUCUUCUGAAACAGUUCCAAAAACACAUGAUGUGAAAGAUAUGGAAACAGUGCUAGAACCCGAAGUAGCAGCAAAAGUGCAGUAUCCAAAAGUCACAGACUAUCAGCAAACGGAGGCCGUGAAAAUUCCGGAACAAACCCAGCAAUGUGAGACACAGGCCGAGAAGAAAGAUACAGAACAAAUUGUACCAUCUGAGCCUGUAACGGAAGUAAAGGCAAGUCAGACUACUGCAGUUUCUGUGGCAGGUGCAGAAGCAGCUUUGCAUGCACCAGGUGAAAAAGACGCGACGGCAACUCCGGAAUCUGAAAUGACUGGAAACCUAAAACACUCGGCACCUGGUCCAUCUGAGGUGACAGCAGCAAAAGAUCUGGAAGCUGCUCCGUUACAUGAUGCUGCUGUAGAGCUGAAAGAUUCAGAAGCAGCUGCAGGGACAGAGACUGAGACGGAGACAAGAGAUUUGGAAGCAUCGGAGACUAUUACAGAAGGAGGUCGAGAGCUGGAGGCAGGAGARUUAGAAGAAACUCCAGAUGAUGAGGCUGUAAAAGAAUCAUCACAGGCAGAAGAAACAAGAGAUUCAGAGACAUCUGAUGUGCAGCCUGAUGUGGCAGCACGAAUGAGAGAGACUCUAAUGAGGCUUGAGAAAGUUUUUGAAAAAAGCCACAGAAGUGAUAAAAAGCAUGACUCAAAGAAACAAAAAAGGAGUCGCUCUAAGUCUCAUUCCAGGUCUAAGAAGAGGAAAAAAAAAUCAAGGUCAAGUUCUACUUCCAGGCGCUUGACCUCUAAAAGAGCACGUUCUAGGAGCAGAAACUACUCAGUUUCGAGAAAGAAGCAUUCCAAAUCUAGAUCCCGGUCUGUGGAGAAGAGAGAGAGAAGAGUGUCCUCCCGGAGGUCCAGGCGUAGACGGUCCAAGUCCUCAGACCAGUACAGGUCCAAAUCCAGAUCAGUGGAAAAGAGCAGACUGUCCUCUGGGAGGUCCAGGCGUAGACGUUCCAGGUCUUCUGAUCGCUACAGGUCCAAAUCCAGAUCAGUGGAAAAGAGCAGACUGUCCUCCCGAAGGUCCCGACGCAGACGUUCCAGGUCUUCAGACCGCUACAGGUCUAAAUCCAGAUCAGUGGAAAAAACACUCUCCUCCCGGAGGUCCAGGCGCAGACGUUCCAGGUCCUCUGAUCGCUACAGGUCUAAAUCCAGAUCGGUGGAAAAGAGCAGACUGUCCUCCCGGAGGUCCAGGCGCAGACAUUCGCGAUCUUCUGACCGCUACAGAUCUAAAUCUAGAUCAGUAGAAAAAACACUGUCUUCCCGAAGGUCUGGGCGCAGACGUUCCAGGUCCUCUGAUCGCUACAGGUCUAAAUCCAGAUCRGUGGAAAAAACACUGUCCUCCCGAAGGUCCAGGCGCAGACGUUCGAGGUCUUCUGACCGCUACAGAUCCAAAUCGAGGUCAGCAGAAAAGAGGCUGUCAUCUUGGAGGACUCGACGCAGACGUUCUAGGUCCUCUGACCGUUCRAAAUCUAGAUCCAGGUCUUCAGAAAAGAGAGGGGCCAAGGAAUAUUCCUGGAGGUUCAGAAACAGGUCCCUCUCCUCUGAUCGUUCAAAAUCUAGGUCYAGAUCUGCUGAAAAGAGAAGUAGGAAGGCAUCUCUGCGGAGGUCUAAACGUCAACGCUCAAAGUCUUCUGACCGUUACAAGUCUAGAUCCAGAUCAGUAGAAAAAAGAGAGCGUAAGCAAUCGCGCAAGUCUAAACGUCAGCGCUCAAAGUCCUCUGAUGGCUACAAGUCUAGAUCUAAAUCAGUGGAAAAAAAGAAGGAGUCUUCUCGAAAGAAGCGUCGCCGCUCAAAGUCUUCUGACCGUUACAAGUCUAGAUCAAAGUCUGUUGAAAAAAAGCGCAAGGAAUCUUCAAAGAAAUCUAAACGGAAGCGCUCAAAGUCCUCUGACAGUGUUAAGUCAAGGUCCAAAUCUGUGGAAAGAAGAGAAAGCAAACUAUCUUCAGCAAAGUGUAGCAGUAAGCAUACUGAGUCUUCUGAACAUCAAGAGACAAGAAGCAAAUCUCCUGGAGGAGUAUAUGGUCCUGAACUUCCUUCAGCAUCUGAAGGCAGCUCCUCCAAACCGUCUGAUGGUCCUGUGUCAGUAACUUCAUCUACUGAAAAAGUAAAUGGUCCAGAGCUGCCGUUGGCAUCUGAAAGUGGACUUCCCAAAACUUCAGAUGGCCAUGAGACAACAUCCUCAUCUGUUGAAAAAACAGAGGAUCUGCAGCCUUCUGUGAUGUCUGAACUUGAAAACUCCAAAACCGYAGAUGACCAGGAGUUGAGACCUCUGCCUGCAGAAAAAGAACAGGUUUCMGCGCUUUCUAUGACAACUGAAAAUGGAUGUUCUGCUCUUGGUGACCAUGAGACUGAAUCUAGGGCAACUGAAAAAGAAAUGGCUCUGGAACCUUCRCCGCUACCUGAACUUCUGUGUUCCACACCCAAAUCAACAUCCUCAUCUGGUGGGGAUCCAAAGCCAUUGAUACCAGACUUUCAGCUUUCCGCAUCCCCCGAUAAUGAGUUGAGGUCUACACCUCUACACAAAAAAAUACAAGGUCCAGAGCUUCUUGGAUGCUCUGUAUCUUCUGAUGGUUGCAACUUGACUUCCGUGUCCUUGGGAACAACAGAGCUUCAGGGGUCUUCUCUAAUGUCCGGAAGCGUGGUCUCUGGCUUUACUGAUGGCCGUGAAUUGAGACCUGCCCCUGUUAGGAAAUUUUUGAGGCUGUCUAAAACUGGAUCUACUAAACUGCCUGAUGGCCCUGUGUCUGCCCUGGUUUCUGACAGUAGAUACUUCAGGUCUCUUGAUAGACGUGAAGGUUCGUUGGUUUUGGCAAGUGCGUCCUUCAAGUCAUCUGAGGGAAAUGAAUGGAGAUCCCUGUCUGCUGAAAAAGUAAAGGCUCUGGAUGCUUCUGUAUCAUAUGAACAUGUUCCUGUUAAGGUCUCRGAUGAUCUCAUGUCAUCUUCCUCUCUUUCAAAAGUAGAGGAGGCUGUGACAGCUGUAGGGGAAAGCAACAAGCCUUCUGAAGUUUGUGAAUCCAGAUCAUCUCUUCAGAAAGAUCUGGGCAGUCUGGAAUCUUCACAGGUACCUGGCAUUGUSUGCUCUGAAUCUUCUGAAAUCCGUGAAUCUCUCUUACCUGAAAAAACAGAGAGUACAGAAUCUUCUUCAGUGCCCAAAGAGGGAUUUCCUGUAUGCCAUGAUGGCAGUGAGUCAAAACACAAUUUUUCUGAGAAACUGGAAGGUGCAGACCUGUCAGUGGCGUCUGAACUUAGUUCUGUAUUGGCAGAAGGCCAUGAAUCGAGAUCCGCUGCACUUGAUAAGUUAGAGACACAAAAGCCUCCACUGGCAAGUGAAUCCUCUGAAUCUGCUGUUGUUGACACAGUAAGCCCACUUAAUGAAAAAUCAGAGUCUCAGGUGACUUCUCUGACAUCUGAAGGUGGGCAUUUUCCCUUGCCUGAUAGUCAUGAGUUGAGACCUAUCCCUACUGAAAAUGCAGAGGAGCAGAAGUCAUAUUUGGCCUCUGAGCUUGGAUCCACUGUAUCACCCGAUGGCUACAAGUCGAGAUCUGCCUCUGAAGAAACACAGGUGCAAGAGCCAUCUCUGGUGUUGGAAAGGAGAUGKUCUGUUUCCUCUGAUGGUCGUGAGUUGACAUCCAUACCUGCAGAGAGAGAUGAGGUGCAGAAACCUUCUCAAAGGUCUGAAAAUGAGUGCGCAAUGUCCCAGGAUACCCAGGUGUUGAGAUCAACUCCUGUUGAAAAAGUAGAAGAGAUGGGAUCUAGCUGUCCUGAAAAAGUCGAAAUGCGGGAACCGUGCAUAAURCCUGACAGUGAAUGUGCUGUGUCUGCUGAAGAUCAGGAAUUGACACCUUCUGUUGCUGAAAAGACAGAGCUACGGGAGUGUUCUUCACUGCCUGAAAGUGAAUACAGCCCUGAGGGUCAGGAGUUGCAAGCCAGCUCUGCUGAGAAAGUAGAGGUACAGGAACCUGUGACAUCUGUCAGUGAUUCUGCUGUGUUCCCUGAAGGCCAGGAAUUGCAAUCUACCCUUGUGGACAAAGCAGAGGUGCAGGAGCCUCCUGUGAUAUCUGACAGUGAACGUGCUGCAUCCCCUGAAGAUCAGGAUUUGCUGUCUACCCCUGCUGAAAAAACAGAGGUGCAGGAAUGUUCUCUGCUGUCUGAAAAUGAGUAUGUUUUAUCCCCUGAAGGCCGUGAUUUGACCUCGAGCCCUAUUGAAAAAGAAGAAUCAGAGGAACCUUCUGAAACAUCGGAAAGUGAAAGUUCAGUGUCCUCUGAUAGCCAGGAGUUGCAGUCUACUCCUGUUGAAAAAACAGAGGUGCAGGARCUGUCUCUGAUGUCUGAAGGUGAAUGUGAAAUGUCUCCUGAAGGUCAGGAAAAAGCUAUGUCCCCUGAAGGCUAUGAAUCAAGACUGCCCCACGAUGAGAAGGUAGAGGACAGGGAUUCUUCUCUGACAUCUGAAAAUGAUCAUUCGUCUUUUGAGGGUCAGGAGUUAAGUUUCACCCCUGUUCAGAAAUCAGACACACGUGAGCGUUCUCUGACACCUGAAAGUGAACGUUCAGCGUCCCCUAAUGACCAGGAGUUGAGAUCCCCUCUUGCUGAAAAAGUAGGUGAUGUGGAAUCUUCUUUGACAUUAAAUGAUCGAUCUUCCGUGUCUCCUGAUGGCAGUGACCUGAAAUCCAUCCCUGUUGAAAAAGUGGAGGAUGGGAUGCCUUCUUCAAUGCCUGAAAGUGAAUGCUUUAUGUCCCCCGAUGGCUACAGUGUGAAAUCUGCUCCUGGUGAAGAAAUUGGGGAUCUAGAGCCCUCUUUGGUAUCUGAACGUAGACAUUCCACAUCCUCUGAUCACGAUGGCCGCGAGCUGAAAUCUCCCUUGGAAGAAGAGUGUCGAGAGUCCUCUUUGACUUCUGAACAUAGAAGAUCCGUGUCUCCUGAUGAUCAUGACCAGAAAUCUACCGUAGAUGAAGAUGCAGAAGAUAGGGAGCCCUCUUUAGCAUCUGAACAUAGACGUUCCUCAUCCCCUGAUGAGCAUGAUUCAAGAUCUUCCAUUGGUGAGGAAGCAGAGGACCAGGAGGCAACUUUGACAGUUGAACGUAGGCACUCUGUUUCUUCUGAUGGUCAAGAGUCGGCAUCUUCUGCUGGUGAAGAAAUAGAGGAUGUGGAGCCUUCCUUGACAGCUGAACGUAGACAUUCCACAUCCUCUGAUGAGCAUGAGUCAAGGUCUACUGCUGGCGAAGAGGUUGAGGAUGUGGAGCCGUCUUUGACAACAGAGCGCAGACACUCAACGUCCUCUGAUGACCAGGAGUCAAGGUCUAGUGCUGGUGAAGAUGCAGAGGAUGCAGAGCCUUCUUUGACAGCAGAACAAGAACGCUCUCCAUCUCCUGAUGGGCGUGAAUCGAGAUCUACCGCUGGUGAAGAAGGAGAGGAUGCAGAGGAUGCAGAACCUUCCUUGACAGCUGAACAAAGAGACUCAACGUCCUCUGAUGAGCAAGACUCAAGGUCUACCACUGGUGAGGAAGCAGAGGAUGGAGAGCCCUCUUUGACAGCUGAACGAAGAGACUCCACGUCCUCUGAUGAGCAGGAGUCAAGAUCUACCACUGGUGAAGAAGGUGAGGAUGCAGAGCCCUCUUUGACAGCUGAACAUAGACACUCCACAUCCCCUGAUGGAGGUGAAUCAAGGUCUACUGCUGGUGAAGAAGUAGAGGACAUGGAGACCUCCCUGACAGCUGAACGUGGACACUCCACAUCUUCUGAUGAACAUGAGUCCUCCACUGGUGAGGAGGCAGAGGAUGCGGAGGAUGCAGAGCCCUCUUUGACAGCUGAACAGGACACAUCUCUUGAAAAAUUGGAAGGACAGGAUAGUAGGCGUUCUGAGUCUUCCGAACGCGAGAGAUCUAGAUCCAAAUCUGCUGAAAAAGCAUCUGACAAAGAGUCUUCACGAAGAUCUAGAAGCAGACGCUCAAAAUCUCUUACUGAGCAAAAGAGUCGAUCCACAUCUCUUGAAAAAACAGAAGACAAAGAAUCCUCACGGAGAUCUCGACACAGACGCUCCAGGUCCACUGCUCGUCAAAAGAGUAAAUCCACAUCUGUUGAAAAAACUGUAGACAAAGAAUCUUCACGAAGAUCUAGACAUAGACGCUCCAGGUCCACAGGUCACCAAAGGAGUCGAUCGACCUCUGUGGAAAAAACUGCAGACAAAGAGUCUUCACGGAGAUCGAGACGUAGACGCUCCAGGUCCACUGCUCGCCAAAGGAGUCUGUCCAAGUCCGUUGAUAAAACAGCUGACAAAGAGUCUUCGCGGAGGUCUAGGAGCAGACGCUCCAGGUCGUCUCAACGUAGAUCCCAGAGGUAUGAUACCGACUCUCGCUCUAGACGGAAUCGCUCCCGAUCAGUAACACGCAGAAGAACGUCAAGAUCAAAAUCCAAUCGUCGCUCUCGAUCUAGCUCGCUCUCUCGUUCAAGGCACAGGAGGAGGAGUAGGUCGAGAUCGGCAUCGAGAAGGCGGCGUUCUUUAUCGAGAGAUAGACGUAGAAGAUCUCAGAGAAAUAGAUCGAGAUCUACUGAUAGAAGAAGGAGAAGAUCAGAUUCGAGAGAUCGUAGAAUAUCGCUCAGGUUACGUAGCAGGAGUCGAACGCCUAUUCGUCAAAGGCGAUCACGGUCGAGAGGAAGAAGGCGCAGCUCUAGCAGGUCACCAAUUCGACUACGGCGAUCAAGAUCUUCAGGGAGAAGAAGAUACAGCCGAUCACCCGAUCGUCGAAGGUCCAGAUCAUCUGAAAGGUUCUCAAGCAGAUCGCCCAAGCGUCUUACAGACUUGGACAAGGCCCAGCUACUUGAAAUAGCCAAAGCUAAUGCAGCUGCCAUGUGUGCUAAGUCUGGCGUUCCCUUACCACCAAGCCUGAUGCCCAUGUUAUCUCAAAAGAAAGAUGACAAGUCCAAUAAGUCAUCAAGAGAUACUCUAAAGGAGCUCACUGAGAAAUGCAAAAAGAUUGCUCAAAGUACAGAUGACGUGAUAGUGAAUAAACCUCAUGUUUCUGACGAAGAGGAGGAGGAACGUCCUUUCUAUAAUCAUCCCUUUAAGCUCAAUGAACCAAAACCCAUUUUUUUCAAUUUAAGUACUCCAAGUAUAAAGCCAGCACCACCACCACAACCAAAAAAUCAGGUCAGCCUGUCAAAGGAGUUCCCUGUCUCGUCUGGGUCUCAGCAUAGGAAAAAAGAAGUAGAUAGUGUCUAUGGAGAAUGGGUACCAGUUGAAAAAGGCAAAGAAGAUGGCAAGGAUGAUGUUUUCCCCAAACCAGCCAUUGAGGGUGUGGACAUAACCACAGCUAUGAAUGAUCGAGCAGUGGCUCAGAAAAGGCUUAAUGAGAAUUCAUUUGAUUUAGAGGCCAUGUGCAUGUUAAAUCGUGCACAGGAACAGAUCGACGCCUGGGCUCAGUCCAACUCCAUACCUGGCCAGUUCACAGGAAGUACUGGAGCACAGAUAUUGUCCUCCGAGGAGUUGUCCAACAGUGGUCCCCAAGCAUGGAUUAGAAAGGAUCAGUUCUUAAGAGCAGCCCCAGUAACCGGAGGAAUGGGAGCUCAGCUGAUGAGAAAAAUGGGCUGGAGAGAAGGAGAAGGGCUGGGAAAAAACAAGGAAGGCAGCGUGGAGCCCAUUAUGGUUGACUUCAAGACGGAUCGGAAAGGACUUGUUGCUGUGGGAGAGAAGGCACAAAAGAGAUCUGGACAUUAUAGUGUGAUGAAGGACCUUUCAGGUAAACAUCCAGUCUCUGCGUUGAUGGAGAUCUGUAACAAACGAAGAUGGACACCACCAGAGUUUGUGUUGGUAGAUGAUAGUGGGCCUGAUCAUCGCAAGCAUUUUAUUUUUAAGGUUUGUGUUUCGAGCAGAUUGCCAGGGUUGAUGGUCUGUAAUAGUCAAGAUCCUUAUUACUGGUCCCCUUUCCCUCCUUACUGAGGGAGCUGGGAGGUGUGUGGUAACCGGCGAGAGGACGGUAAGCGGCGGAAGGACGUGCCCGGGGACCCGCCUCAGCCGAAGCCUGGAUCCCUGCAGCUCCCUGCGGCUCUGCGUAAGGAGCUGGGCACGUGGGAGGCGGCUCCUGAUGGGGCUCCUGUCGCGCUCUGAUUUUGAUGCACCCGCAUUGCCAGAGAUGUUGAUUCUGCUGUUGAGUCUAUGCUGUCCACGUAAGCGCUGCCUGCACCGUAUCUUACCGCAUCGGGGAACAUGCAAUCUUGUACUUGUUAAUUUGUCUGGGUCUCUUUUGUUCAUACGCCUCGUGUCCGAUGUAAAGGAAUACCUGUUAUCUCGCAAGCAAGGAGCAGAUAAUUCAAUCCGACAGAAGACUUCAAUUAAAAACAAAACAAAACAAAACAAAAAAAGGCAAGUUCUGGAUUUCAUGCCUUAAAGACAUGGUAUUGUGUGUAAAUUUAACCCCAGUCAUAAGGAAGGUGUACCAAAACGAUCUCAAAAACUGUGAUACCCUAAUUAUGACAUUUAUAAUUUUAAGGUUUCUGUUGUAGUUUCUUGCCCRUUGUUUAGAAUGAUGCUUGAACUUCUGUUAAGUUUGUAAAUUCGAAUCAGUUUGAGUAUCCU